CGGCGCCGCCGGAUCGGGGCCUCACUGGAGCGGGCCGCCAGCGGCUCCGCCCCCCUCCGUCUCCUUAAAGGGCCCGCGGCUCCUGCGCGCGGCGCCGCCAGUGCUCGCCUCGCGCCGAUGGCGCCGCUCUCGGCGGCGGCGGCGUCCCUGCUUCCCUUCUGGUCGCCCGCCGCUUCCUCCCUCCGUUCCCUUUCGCUUCCGGGGUCAGCGCCGCCGCGGCCGCCGCUCGGUAACAAGCCCCGUCCCGGGGUCCGGUCCGGCCGGGAGAGCCGGCAGCCGCGCCCCGCGCAGGCCGCGCCGCCCCGCCGCCCCCAUGGCCAGCAACCCCCAGCCGCAGCCCCCGCCGCCGCCGCCGCCGCCCCCGCCGCCGCCCCCUCAGCAGCCGCCGCCGCUGCCGGGGGCUGGGGCCGCCGUGGCGGGUGGCGCGGCCGAGCCCGAGCUGGUCUCCAUGAUCGUCAACCACCUCAAGAGCCAGGGCCUCUUCGACCAGUUCCGCCGCGACUGCCUGGCCGACGUGGACACCAAGCCUGCCUACCAGAAUUUGAGACAGCGUGUUGACAACUUUGUUUCCAAUCAUUUGGCAACCCAUACCUGGAGUCCUCACCUCAACAAGAACCAGCUGAGAAAUAACAUUAGGCAGCAGGUUCUCAAGUCUGGAAUGCUGGAAUCUGGAAUUGACAGAAUUAUUUCUCAGGUUGUGGACCCAAAGAUCAACCACACAUUCAGACCUCAGGUGGAAAAAGCUGUCCAUGAAUUUUUAGCCACAUUGAAUCACAAAGAGGAGGCAGGCCCCAGUACAGCUCCAAGUGAGGAGAAAACAGAUGCUUCUAUUACAGUACAAGGUGUCUCUGCUACAGCUCCUGGUGGCAAUGUAGCUAGUGAUGCAAUGUCCAUUUUAGAAACAAUAACUUCUCUUAACCAAGAAGCAAGUGCUGCCAGGGCUUCAACAGAGAACUCAAAUCCCAAGACCAACGACAAAGUUGCAAAAAGACUCUCAUCUCAGCAGAGUGUGGAUGGUAGCACUGAUAGAGAGAGAAAUGCAGAGGACUUGCCAGACAGAGAGAAAGCAAUUUGUGAUCUUUCUGGAGAAGGGGCUGAAACAUUUGGAAAGUGUGAAGAUUUAAAUGAGCUUCCCUGCCAAAGUGAAGAAAUUAAAAAUUCAGCAAAGGAUACUAAUAAUUUGACUUUUACAAAUAAAGAUCCAAGUAAAGAAAUUCAACCGGAAAAUGAAGAUCAAAAGAGUAAAUUAUUAGAUAAAUGUGACAAGAAACCAGACAGCAGUGAAAAAGGUGAAAGAAGAAAAGAAAAGAAGGAAAAACUCGACAAGAAGUCCGACCAUUCAAAGAAAAGUGAUGAUACUAUGAAGUCAAAAGAAGAAAAGCAAGCAAGGGAGUCGGAACCAGUGAAACAGUUAGUUCCAGAAAAAAAUAGCAAUAAACAUAAAACAACUGAAAGCACUAAAGAAGAAAAUGCGUCAGUAGAUUCAGAUAUGGAUGCACUCAGUGACAUCACUGUCAGCUCUGUCCAUACCAGUGACCUUUCUUCCUUUGAAGAGGAGAGUGAAGAGGAGACUGUAAUUUCUGACAGUACUGAAGAGGGGGAGAUCACAUCAGAUGACGAAGAGGAGAAAAACAGUCAAAGUAAGACAAAGCCUCAUGCUAAUGAGCUGAGUGAUGGGAAAGCCAAGCCUGUUCGUCAUGCUUAUGUUCGUAAGCCUUUCUUGUACUCCAAAUACUUCAGCGAUUCUGAUGAUGAGCGAACUGUAGAACAACGCCGUCAGUCCAUUGCCAAAGAAAAAGAAGAGAGACUCCUAAGAAGACAAAUUAACAGAGAGAGACUUGAAGAAAAACGUAAACAGAAGGCUGCAGAAAAAACAAAAUCCCUGAAAACUGGAAAUCAAAAUGCUAAAGGAAAAAGUGGCUUGAACUUAGAAGAACCUUCAUCAAGAAGUCUUGAGUCAAAAGCUACUGGUACCAGCAUUAAGGAUGUGCUUAAAGAACAGAAAUUUUUAGAAAAAAAAGUAGCUUUGAGCAGAAAAAGAAAAAGAGAUUCAAGGCAUGCUGAAGAUGGCUGCAAAAAGAAAUACGAGCCACCUGAAGAAGAUCCUAAAGAAAUGCAAAAGACAAAUGAGACUUGUGAAAAAACUUCUUCCAAAGAAUUGAAGCAUAAUCAUGGGAAAAGUGAAAUCUCUAAACAGCUUAGAAGACUUUCAGAAUCGGUGCAUUCAACUGAGGAAAGCAAAAGUGAUUCUAAAGCAGAAAAAGAACAUAAAAGAAAAACCUCCACCUCUCUUCAGGCUGAAGGAGCCCAGCAGGACAGUGAAACAAGGGAUCCAAAAAGACAACUGGAUAGAGCAGAAGUCAAUACUGAAGAACUACAGAAGCAGAAAUCUAUACUUAAAAAUGAAAAACACCCCAAAAAAGAUAGUGACACAGAAAUUCAACAUAUUAGAAAUGCUGCCAAAAAAGAAGCCAAGUCUUACAGAGAUAAAAAUGAAAAGGAAAGAACUGCUUUAGAAGAUAAACUUUCUUUAAAGCACAAGUAUAAAGGAGACAGUAUUCACAAACUAAGUGAAGAUGUUGAACUCCAUUCAUUUGAGAGAAGUUUGAAAGGAGAGGAUGGUGGUCAGAAGCAUAAUCAACAAAUAAAGGUUUCCUCAGAUGACAAAUCUGAAAGAAAAAGUAAACACCGAAGUGAACGGAAAAUAUCAGUAACUGGAAAAGAUGGAAAAAAUAUUUCUGAAUCAACCUUAAAAGCUGAAGAAUUGCUGCGUAAGGAAAAUAAAAAAGACAGACAUCUCUCAACAGAAAAAUCAAGAGCAGAAUACAAGUCCAAAAGGUCCCUGAGUGAUUCUAGGCCACAAAAGGAUUCCCAAAGUGCCUCAAAGCAAGCUGCUUCUGCAUCACACAGAAGGAGCGAAAGCUACUCCGAAGAUAAACGUGAAAUAGAAUCAACUAACUCUGAUUGUAGUUCGAAACAAGAAGAUGGUGUUCAUAAAGAUAGACGAAGAUCUAAGAGCCUUGUAGAAGACAAGAUUUUGUUAAAGUCUAAGUCAAAGGGUCAUACUAAACAAUUCAAAGCAUCUGAAACAGAAUUACAGGAAAAUUUAACAAAACAGGAGACUGGUCAGAAACUAGACAAAGAGAAGAGCACGGAAGAGAAUGAUUCGGAUAAGCAACACAAAUCCAAGAAUGAAGACAAAGUUUUUGAGGAGAGUGGUGCUGAGUUUGAGCUUGUAAGUGGUACGCAAUCAGCUCAGGGAUCACAAAAAGAUGUUAGUCACAGAGUUAAGUUACAUUCUGGAGAAAGAGGUUCUGUAAAAGAGAAAUAUAGAGGUGAUAAAGAUUUAAGCAAUUCCAAACUAGAAAGAAGGUUCUCUGCUGAAGGUCACAAAAGCAGAAACUUAAAGCAUAGCAACAAGGAAAUAAAGAAGAAGGAAGAGAGUAUGAAAUUGGAAGAUAAAGAUAUUAAAGAAAUGGAUAGUGGGCAUGAAAAAGUAUUGAACAUCACAGUGGCAAUGGAUAAAAAACAAAGUAAGAAGAUAUCAUGUGAAAAUAGAAAAGGCAGUAUAUCAAACCAAGAUAUACUUGGAGAGGAAAAGGAAUCAGCUAGCACAACUGAAAAGAGCCAUGCUCCAGUCCCUCAAAAUUCAAGUAUGAAUAAUGAUGACUUGCAUUCUGGUCAUGAGGAAGAGCUGAUGGAACUUGAUUUGAAACAAGCAAAAGUACAGGAAGCAUCUAACAUAGAAGGAAAAAAUGUUCAAAACUCACUGCAAGCCACAGAUGCUGAGUAUGCAGCAAAAGAAAAACUAUCUCUCUCUAUUUCAAAUAAGGUAUUAAAACACAGCUUGGCAGAUCCUGAAGCUUGUGAAUUGCAGUUUCUGCCUGCAGCUGAAAAAACUGUUGAACAAGAAGAUAUCCCUAAUAAACAAGUUGGUGCCUUAGACACUUUGUCCAAACAAGCUUCCAUGGAUCAAGGACCCAAUAAACAAGGGGCUUAUAAAAUGAGCGUUGUGUAUGAAACAAGUGGUAGAAUCUUACUGAAUGUUCCCAGUAAGGAUCAAGCUUCAGAAGGUAGCAGAAGACCAAAGAAUUUUAAAACUGUGAUAAAUUCUAAUGCAGAUGAUGUUCCUUUAGCAAUUAAUUCUUCCAGAGAAGAUGCUGCUGAUGCAAAGUCCAUGGAUAUGGAUAUCUCAGAUUUUACAGAUUCCUUGGGUAGUAUGUCUAAGGAAUGCUAUAAUUCAGAUGAGACUUCGUUAUUUGAAGAUACUUUCAUUUUGAAGAAUGAUGCAGCACAGGUUGUAUAUGUGAAACAAGAUAGUGCAGUGCUGAGUUCUAUCUUGAAAGAUGAUGGUGACAAAACCACUAUGACAAACAGUAUAGAAGAAGAUAACAAGGUGCCCCAGCCUGAUGAACAGGCAAUGGAAGACAGUACAGCUGGGUUACCUAGUCAAGAAGACUGUGAUGAAGCAGCAAAGUUAGAAAGCACUCCGGGAAGUGAGUUGAAAAUAAAAGAAGAAAACUUGAUGACUGACAUAACUGAAGAUUGUGGAGAUGUAACAACAAAAGAACUUCUAGAAAGAAAAGAAAGAGAGUGCUUGAAUACAGAUCCUUCCACAAAGGGAGAAAGGACAAUGAUGGAUAAUGUGGAAAAGAAUGAGGUGCAUGAUAUUGAUGAUAUGAUACAGUCUUCCUCUGUGUUAGUGUCUAAAAGAGUUCCUGAGGAAGCAGUCAAAGGCUCUGUUAUAGCCAGUGGGCAAGAAGGGAAUACUGUGAUUGGCAUGGAAGAUAAAAAUGAAAGCAAUGCAGUAGGUACCAGUGCAGGAAGUAGUAAACUUAGUUUGUUGUACAGCAGCCUACAAACAACUCCGGCCACUGUGAUAGGAACUAGUACAGAAAAGAUCAUUGAGAGCACUGUAAUGGCCACUAGUACAGGAGAAGAACGAGCUGAGGGUGCAUCACAUUCUGAAAAGGACAGUGAUGCUACAACCACUUGCUCAGAAGAAGAAAGUGAGGUGACAGUAAUCUGCACAAGCAUAGAAGCUGAUGAAGGUUUCACAACAGGCAUAUGGGUAAAAAGUAGUGAGAGUGGCAGUUUCAUCACAGGAGCAGAUAUUGGUGAGUGUACUGUUGCAGCAGCUGAAGAAGGUGGUGGCAGUGUUGUCACUGAAGGAUUAGCAGAAAGUGAAAGUUUCCUAACAAGUACAGAAGGAGUAGAAAAUGGUGACUGUACCAUGGUUGAUGCAGAAGAAAGUGGUAAGGAUUCAGUCAAUGCAAGUGGAGUAGAAAUUGAAGACAGUGUGAAUAGUGCUGGGGCAGAAGAAAAAGAUGACGCUGUGACUAGUGCAGGCUCUGAAGAAAAGCGAAAGACCUCAACUUGUGUAGAUACAGGCAAAUUUGAAAGUUCUGUAUCCUGCUUAGGUGAAGUGGAGAGCGAUGGAGCUGUAACUAGUGCAGGGACAGAAACAGGUGAAGGGUCGACACAUGGUGACAGUUCAGGUGAAUUUAGGGGCAGUACGAGAGCUGGCCAGGUAAAAGAACACGAAGGUACUGUGACUUGCACCGGUGCAGAAGAAAGAGGUCAUAACUUCAUCAUCUGCUCAGUGACUGGUACAGAUGCACAAGGAGAAAGCACUGUAACUGGUGCAUGUAUUGCAGUGGUCACAGACAACAGUGCCGCAACUGGAACUAGCCAUGACAAAUCUGAGGAUACUGUAAAUGGUGAAAGCGCAGUGACCAGCACAGGCAUAACUCCAGAAGAUGAUGCUGAAAUUUCAGUAGUCUGCACAGGGCUAGAAGACAGCAAUGAGGGGUUUGCAGUUUGUUUAGAAGCUGAAAAAUGUGAAAGUCUAAUGGACAGUACAAGGGCGAAGGAAGAAGCCAAUAUCACUACAGUCAGUGUAGGUCUGUGUGAUGAUGAAGGUUUUGUGACUAGUACAGGCUCAAAAGAAGAGGAUGAAGAAGGUGAGGGCAUUGUGACCAGUACAGGAAGAGGAAAUGAAGAAAAUGAGCAUGCUUCUACUUGUACAGGAAUGGAAAGUGAAAAUGCGCUAAUUUGUAUAGGUGCAGAAGAAGGUGAAAGUUCUAUUAUCUGCAUAGUUGCUGAACAAAUGGAAGCUGAGUCAGGAGUGGCUGGCACAAAUAUAAAUAAGCUUACUGUCGACAGCAUGAUGAGUGCAGAGAAAGAAGCUAACUGUGGCACAGACUGCAAAAAUGAUAAAGGGAUUGUUGAAAGCAGUGUAACCAGCGCAAGUGCUGCAGAUGAGGGUGCAUUGACUGCCCGUAUAGGAAAGCAUGAAGGUACCUUGAUUCCCUUAGAUUCUGAGGAAUGUGAGGGUCCCAUGACUAGUGCUAUGGCAGUGCAAGAUAAGAGUCAGUCUGGUGCUGAAGAUGAACGUGAGAAUGCCAUGACUUCCUUUGACAGCAGAGAACUUGAUCUCUCUAUAAGUAGUGCAGUUCUAAAGGAAGAUGAGAAUUCUCUUACUCCUGCUGACAGAGAAGAAAAAGUAAAAGGGGAUAUCAUCUCUACCAGUACAGUGGAAGAAAGUGAUGCUCCCUUACAUUCAGCCAUGGAUGCUGAGGAAGGUCCACUUGCUGUUGCAAGAGCAAAUGAAAGUGGGGAAAGCUCUAUGAUCUUGAUAGACGCUGAGGACACAGAGGUGCCUAUGCCCAGUACAGCUACAGAGUUUAAAGAGUGUGUGCAUACGUUUAGCAGUAAGCAGGAGAAAGAUGAGUGCACUAUGAUUUCCACCAGUAUUGUGGAAGAAUUUGAGGCUCCUAUGUCAAGUGCAGCUAUUGAAUAUGAUGGUCAGCUCCCCUCUGUGAAAACAGAAGAAAUAAAUGAGAAUGCUAUGGUUUCUAUAGAUAUGGAAAUAUAUGAGGUUCCCAUGCCUAGUGAGUCCAGUGCAGGAGGAGAUGAUAAUGAUGAUGAUGAAAGUCACCCAACUGCCAGCGGUAAGGAAGAAAAAGAUGAGUGUGCUAUGAUUUCCACAAGUGUCAUGGAAGAACAAGUAAUCCUAAUGUCAGGUGAAGUCACAGAAGAGGCGAUUCAACAUGUGUCAGACACAGAGUCAAAAAAUGAAACGGUAAUGAUCUCUACUAGUACAGCAGAAUGUUUUGAAGCUCCAAUGUCUAGUGUGGCUAUGCAAGAUGAAAACAAACUCACUGCUUCAGAAACAGAAGGAAGAUAUGAAGCCGCUAUGAUCACUACAAGCAUGACAGAAGAAUGUGAGAUAGUCCUGAUCAGUGCAGCACCACAAGCUGAAAGUCAACUCAUUGUAGCAGAAGAAGAUGAAGAUGCCAUUAUUUCUCCAAAUGCAUCAGAGGAAUGUAAGAUUGUGGAGACCACUGCAACUGUAGAUGAACAGUUUGGACUAGCUGCUUUCAAUGCAGAUGCAAAAAGCAAAGGUUCUGUGAUUUUUGUGGGAGAAUGUGGAGCUCCUGUGCUGAGGGUUGCCACCAACAGUGAAGAUCAACAUGCUGCUUCAAGUAUAGGAGAUAAGGAGGAGGGGGCAGUGAUCACUCUGAGCACAAUGGAAGAAUGUGAUAGUCUCUUCACCUUUACGGUCAUAGAAGAAAGUCAACUUGCUGCUGAGAGUACAGAAGUAAAAGACAAAAGUGAGGAGAUUUUUAAUACUGCUAACCAGAUUGAAUGCAUCCUAUCAACUACAGGUCCAGAAAAAAGCAAUAAUUCUUUGCUUGUCAUUGGUAGAGAGAACGAGACCCAUGAGAGUGGUGUGAGGGGAGAAUCAGCAGCAUCUCAGACCACAGUAGACAGUGAAAACACAGAAACAGAUGAAAAUUCAGUGAACCUCAUGAGUGUAGAUGAAGCCCUUUGCGUGGAGAUUAGUACAGAGACUGCUGUGAGUCCAAGUCCUUCCUCGGAGGCAAGUGAGGAUGAUGAACAAGCUGAAGAUGUUUUGCAUGAGGAUGCUACAUCAGAACUCCCUUGUAUGAUUUCAGAAGCAACAGUAGAGAGUGAAACUCUAAGGAAUGUAAACUAUAAAUUUAACUCAGACUUGCUUUUAGAAAGUGACUUUUCUGAAAUAAGGACUUCCCUGCCUAGGGCAGAGGCUCUUUCCUUAGUUUCUGCAAAUGAAAUGACUGUAAAUACCAACCAUGGUGAAGUGACAAUAGAAGCAGAAUUAGGGGAAAAAAGUGACUUACGCUUGUUGCAUGUAGAAGAGCUAUACAGCAGUGAUGACAAAACAAACUUGGUCAAAAUAGAUGAUAUUAGAAUUGAAGUUCCUUUUCAAAAAAGUAAUGCAACCUUUAAUUCAGGCAAUAAUGCAGCUUUACCAAAGUUGGCAGAAGAACUAGAAUUUGAAAGUAACUUGAGAACUGACGAGCCACAACAGCCUGAAAGUCCAAGAAGUGAAGAGCAAUAUGUGGAUCUUGAUACUAAAGAGUUUCAAAAAGAUUUGCUGCAAAGGAGUAUUGCUUUGGAAAGAGAAACUUUUCAUGUGGAAAACUUGGAUACCCAGAUAACUGAAGAACAUAGAUCUAGAGGAAUACAAUGUAAAUCUUCAGGAACAAUGGAUAAAGAAAAAUACAACCAGCAGAUUGCUCAGGAUGGGAGGAAAGAUGAUGAACAAAGUCAGUGUUCCAAAAUGAAACCUGAUAACAACAAGGAAGUUAUUUCAAGUGAUACAGCAGAAGAGUCCAAAGAAAUUGAUGUAAGGCAUACACCUCCUGAAAGUACUAUGGAAGAAAAAGAUGAAUUUAUCAUCGAACAGGAACUGUCUGAAAAGGAAAAGUGUGGUCUAGAAUCAAAUGAAAAUUCUCCAGAGGAAAAUCAGCCUGUAAUAGUGAAACGGAAAAGGGGAAGGCCUCGUAAAUACCCUCUUGACGCUGUACAGCCUGGUGGUGGGGAGUCAAAAGCUGAUAUGAGCACUGGGAAUCUGCAGUUUCCUAUCUUUGUGAGUAGAGGAAAAACACCUCAAACAGGUACAGACGUACCUGAUAAUAAAGAAACAACAAAUGAAGAUGAAGCCGAGAAAGCAGAAAUGAUUUUGCGUAAAAGGGGAAGAAAGCCCAGGCGUUCUCUGGUUCAAUCAGAGGAAACUGAAACACUGGAGCCAGAAAGAAAACGUCGGAAAUUAACAUCUUCUGAAGACGAACUAAAAGAGCAGGAGGAAGGUGAGGAAGAAGAUGGUGAGGAAGAUGAUGAAGCACAUUCUGGGGCCACAACUAGAUCAGCCACAAGAUUAGAGGCUCAAAGAAAGCAGCCCAGCAAGCCAACCACACGUGCAACUUCUAAAGGCAGCAGUCCAAGUUCAGUUUCUCCUAGAAAACGGCAGAACCUAGCAGCAAAAAAAAGAUCUCCAAGUGAUACAAAAAUUAAUAAAUCUCCUCCAUUGACACAGUUAAAGGUGCAGUCUACUAAGCGUAAAAGGGAAGACAGCCCAACAGUGGUACGGAGAAAAGGCCAGCAGAAAACAGAGGAGACACCAGUAAAGAAAGCAAAACGAUAAUCUUUACCAGCUAGUACUGUUCAUGGAAGAGUCAAAAGAAAAAAAACAUCUGUGCUUCUAUUUUUUUUAAAGCAAAGGGAUUUGCACGUGCUUGUUUCAGAGCUCUAAGUUAAUCAAUGCAGUACUUUUAAGUUACAUUUUAAACAGCUUUAUAAACUAUUGUUUAUACAGAAUAUUAUGUACAUUUAUUUCAGAUGAAAAAUAAGUUUACUUUGUAUCUGAAUGAAAAACAAAGUAGUUAUAUAUUUUAUCACUGACUUGGAAAGUUGGGGUUUCCCAAUGUGACAUGCUAAUGCAGAUGCUUCCAACCCAUGAGGCACCCCUCGGCCUACUAAUACACUUUGUAAAUAAACUUGUAAAAAUAGGUUGUAUUUUACUCUGUGUAUGAAUCUAAUCAAUGAUGGACAUUUUAUUUAUUAUAUGGAAAGCAUUGGUCUGUAAACUUUAGUAUAUACCUUAGGGUUUUUUAAUUAUAUAUUUUACAUUCUAUGCAGAUGUCAGUAGGAAACUUCCCCUCCGCUCCCCCAGGGCUGUCUAAAACCUGAAGUUCUCUAAAAUAUGCUCAGACAGUUGGUAAAGUAUUUUUCUCGCAUGCAUUAAAGUAGUUUAGCAUAGUGAAAGGGACUUGGCUCCUUUCUGUUCACAUUUGUGACAAAGUAUAAAAUUUAAAAUGUAAUCUUACUAGAUUAUAUUUUCACUUGUGAAUUUACUACCAGCCUCAAGAAAUAAAUAGUAUUAGGUUAGAUUUAUUCACAGUCAGCCAACACUACCCUGAAAUGAAACAGUUUUAUUUUGCAACUAAACACCUGUUCUUUCAGUAUUUGUCUUUUUCAACAGAGGGACCCAUUGAAAUCAAAUGUCACUUCUCCUAACUAUAGAGCUUCAGCAUUUUAUGUUACAUUUUAUACACAGGUAUUAAAAAUAGAACCUGGUAUUAUUGCCAGAAUCUUUUUUUAAUGUAUAUUAACUCUGGUAAGAGCAAAUGUUCAAGUGAAGUUGUAUAUAAAGUUAAACUUUUCUUAUGAUCAAAUGUGUCUCUUGUUAUGAUGUGAUGAGUUGCCAAACAAUCUGAGAUUAUUUUAAGUGUUUUGUUGAUAUUCUGGUUUAUAAUUAAAAAGAAUUCUGGGGGGUUGGAAUUUUACUUUUCUUUUUUUCUCUUUUUCUUUUGUGAGUUUUUUUUGAACUUGUUGUAAGGCAGAUGUUUCCGUCAGAUAUUUUGCUUGGUUUCUUACUGAGAUUUUUAUAUAAAAAUUAUAAAAUGUUUGCCAAAAAAUCUGAGUUGCCAUAUUUUAUUUAUUCUUUAAUUGUAUUGCUGUGGAACUUGUUUUUACAAAUGUAUUUGGUUGGAGCCAUGUCUAUAAGCUUUACCUGAUUAGUGUCUUUAAAUGUUCACAAGUGCUUAUAUUUUAGGUAUUUGAACAGUAGGGAAGGGACUUAACCAUUUACCAGGCUUAGUACACUACAAAAGCAGGUGCACACAUACUGGGUUUUUUUCCUAAGCAAACUUGAGUCUAAAAAAAGAAAACCUCUUUGCUCUGAAAACUAA